GCGGCCUCCUCCUGCGACGAAGGUCGCGAAGCCGCCCAAGGCCAAGGCUGGCCCCAAGGGGAAGGCGCAGGCCGAUGGGCCCGUCAACGAGUGGGGCGACGUCGAUCCCAAGUUUUGCUCGGCCUGCAAACAGAACACUCACGAGAUCGACAGGGACAGCCCCCCGAGCGACCCGUACUACUUGAAGUGGAACAAAACUUAUUGGAGGAGUGACGGCACCUGCUUGCCUGCUGGCGAAGAAUGCACCAAGUGCUUCGGCACCAGGAGGAGGUAUUUCCUUGAGAGCUUGAAGGACCUCAACAAUGAGAGGGAGAAUAACAAGGACUUGGACGACCACUACUACGCCCUCAGGCGCGACCGAGCCUCAGGAGGAACCGAGUACAGUCACCUGCAAAAGAUGGUUGCCAGCAGCCACGUGGUAAAGAAGGAAAGCGUGUAUGGCGACACGUACGUCGAGGGCACGUGGAUGGAGCUGUGGGAGUUCGCGCGCGUCCGUAACAUCCAGGGGUUCCAGCGCGGCGAGGAGGACCAGCUGAGCGAGUUCAUCCAGCAGAAGUGGCCCGACUUUGACAUCGCACCCGACGAGUGCGGAACGCUAGGAGUUGAGAUCCCAGACCAUGGGCCUGGCCACAAGAGGUUCAGGCGCGGCGCGAAGACCUCAGCAGACCUCGAGCGCCGCGAGGAUCACGCCGACAAGGGCAUUGCGAGGGAGUCCAUGGAGCACGCCAAGGCGCAGGUCCUCGGCACCAGGCCGCCGUCAGCUUCUCCGAUCGCGUCAGGUGAUUGGGGUCGGGCGGCCGCGGCAGAGGAGGAACUGGCAGACUCCGACGCCGAAGGUUCCGCGGCGUGGACGGCGGGCAGCAACGCUUCCAACAGCCAUAAAUUCUCCACCCCAGAGGCGCUGAGGAUGCCUUCCCACAAGAGGCAGCUUUCGGCGGACAAGCGGGUCGCCAGCGAUGAGCACCCACUUAGCAAGAAAUUCCAGUGCGACCAGGAGCGCGAUCGCGCUUUUCGAAGCGGUGCUUCGGCAGCUGGGAGCCGCAGGGGCUCGAGAUCGCCUGACGGAGGAGGCAAGAGUUUGGAGAAGCGCAAGACGGCCGCCAGCGGAACCGUUGCGGCUGCCAACGAGGUCCUCGCCAUUGCGUCGUCGAAGUGGUCCUUUCGGCAGCACUGGGAGGGAAGGCUCCGCAAGCGCGAGUCCGACGCCUUCCUGACGAGGCUCAACACCCACGGCCGCAAGUGCGGCAACGUCCUGGCCAACGCGGAGGCUGCCGACGUCAGCACGCAGUUGUUCAACGCGCGCGAACUCUUGGAGAAGAGGAGCAGCCUCUUCGAGAGUUUGCGGGGCAACUUCGUGAAGUUUGCCAUGGAGGACAUGUCCCAGGAUCACGUCGAUGCUCUGAAGGGCGCGCCCAUCGACCUCCUCGGCACCAUUAUCACUUCUGAGUUGAACCAGGCCUUGAAUUCAAUGUGCGCUGCCCCUGGUGCCAGGUGCGACGUCGUGACCGCCUUCGGGAGCGUCGCAGAUGCGAAGCCACGUUCGCAGAGAUUCAGCGUCGGAUUGCUUGCUAAGGACCAGUCGAUAGCGUCGGAGUGCCAGAAGGGUCUUGUGCUGAGCUUGGCCGAGAGGCUGUGGAAGCACAGCGAUGCGAAUUGGAUCGUCCGCUGCUGCCAGUUGCUAUCGGAACUUGUGGGCGAUUGCGUCGUGGACGCCAGGGAGAUUGCCGAAGAUGGGGACGCUCUCGAUGAUGAAUCCUGGUUCGCUCAGCCGAAGAUCGACAUGUGCUGCAUCCUUCUGAUGGGGAAAUGCCUCGAAGCCAGCCUUUCCGAAUCGACGCUGCCCCGCGACACGGUCUCCAAGAUCUGCGCCAUGGUGGAAUGCAAGAAUAGACUGAGCCCCCGUCUGCGAGCUCACUUUCGCCAAAUUUGCGGCGCUCAGGUGCAGCAUGGGCGCCAAGCUUGGGAUCGCAUGCUGCAGAUUCAUGCUGAGGCCAAGGAGAUGACCGACAAAUGUAAGCACAUCGACGCCGAGAAGAUGCAGCAGGUGAAGGGCACGCUGGAGACCGCGCUCGCGCUCGAGGUGGGCUCCUGGGACGCCUGCUACGAGGCCGUUGUCGACGUCUACAACGACCACAAGGACCUGCUGGAUGCGCUCGGGUCUGUCUACUGCAACUCCGAGGGCUCGGCUGAGGCCGACGACAAAGGCGAUGCUGCCAAGAGGAAGAUGACUGAGGAUAUUGCGUCGGCCUUGCUCCGCGUAUUCGACUUGUCAAUGGCCAAUGCCAAUACAGUGAUGGAGGCCCAUUCUAGACUCCACUCUUUUGCCAGGUCGGCAGCUGUCGAAUGCCAGACCCCGUCUUCGCAGGACGAGCAGUUCGACUGUGAGGAUCUAAGGUGGAUUGGCUCACUUAUCGAUAUGAUCGUGACCGUCUGGCCGAACAAGCCCGCGCUUCUUGCGUACGUCCAGCAGAAGAUUCGCAUAUUGAUCGACCUGUGCUCCAUCGCGUCGCCUGCGGCGGGCUCGACGGCCAAGUUCGGUGACGCGCUGGCGGCGUUCUCAAAGGUGCUGCAGAGGGAGAUUUCUCUCAAGGUAGGGGCCACGUCGCCCGCGAACAUGGCGUGGGAUCGCUCUGAGGGCAAGGGCUUGAUCACUAUCGCCAAGCAGCUGGACGACGUGACGAGCCUUGGUGAUAUCAUGAUGUCAUAUAUGGUCACCUUCGUGGCUGCAGACCCAGCCAAACACAAGGAUAUCGGGCAGUUGCUGAACUCGGGCAGCGUUCUUCCGUCUGGAGCUGGGGACCUGGCGAAGGGUGGCAUCGCGCUGCAGAUGUGCGCCGAUACCGUCAUCAAGAUUACCUCUGGCAAGUUCGCGGGCGGAUUGGUCGAGGUUUCCAACGUCCUCCGCGAUCUGAACCAUGCAAAAUCAAAGUGCCCCGAGUUGUUCCAACGGUACGCGUCUUUCGACGAUAAGUGGAAGUUGAUCAUGGGUGAGUGGACGCGUCUGUACGAUUCCAUGGAGGCCAAGGCAAAGGUGCUGGACAUCACGGACUCGUUCGUCAAGGACUUCGGCAAGAUCAAGCAUGCCAUCACCACCUGGGACUUUUCAGGCACGCCGUGGAUCAGCGUGGAUGACGCUACAAAGGCCGCCACCAUGCGGCAGAUCGACGGGCUCGUCGUUCAGUACCCGACCUGGAAGAACACAGCGGAGACCGUCAGCACGAUCAUGAGUUUCGCGAAGGGCGGCGUCUACGAGAGGGUUCGGGCGUUCGUCGACCGCCUGGUGGAGCACCAGGCGAUCUUGAAAGAGACGGCCGAGAUCGCUGCCGUGAACGUCGUGACAUCUGCCGUGGUGAAACACAUGGCGGACCCUCACGCAGGGAAGAACGAGGGCAAGGGCGCUAAGAAUCCAGUCGGCUCUGCACUCAAGUGCACGCAGAAUUUCCUGAAGGUCGGCCUCGACAAGCUGCCCGUCGAGCUCCGCAGCAAGUGCGGCGAGGCUUGCGCCGAGGACACGACGACGGUGGCGGCGGCCGCUCCUGAGUCGACCUCGGGCGCGAGCGUCGUCGCUGGGGACGGCAAGCUCAAGAAGAAGCUUGCCAAGCAGAGCGCGCAGGCUGCCUAG